CGGCCCGGCGAAGAAGGCGUUGCGCUUGCAUGGAUGUGAUUAAGGUGUCUAAGCAAUACCUCCAGGGCAUGGCGGUGGGGUACUCCAGCCCAAAGCUGACCCUGCGCAUCGGUGAUGGCUUUGAGUUCAUGCAGCAGAACCAAGAAGCCUUUGAUGUGAUUAUCACAGACUCCUCCGACCCUGUGGGUCCUGCCGAGAGCUUGUUCAAAGAAUCCUACUACGAGCUGAUGAAGACAGCUCUGCGAAAGGAUGGCAUCCUCUGCUGCCAAGGCGAGUGCCAGUGGCUGCAUCUGGAUCUCAUUAAGGAGAUGCGUCAGUUCUGCAAGUCUCUGUUCCCUGUGGUGGAGUACGCCUAUUGCACAAUCCCUACCUACCCCAGCGGGCAGAUUGGCUUCAUGCUGUGCAGUAAGAAUCCAAACACAAACUUCCGGGAUCCCGUGCAGCAGCUCUCACAGCAGCAAGUGGAAGAGAUGAACCUCAAGUACUACAACUCAGACAUCCACCGGGCUGCCUUCAUCCUGCCUGAGUUUGCACGGAAGUCUCUAGGACAGACCAGCUCUUCGCUAGAGACCCUGCACAAGGGGUUGGCUGGGCAGCAGAUGCUGGCACGAACCGAGGGCAUGAGCAUGGGAGUGGUGAUGCUCUGAGAUGAACAUCCGCCCGCGCUGCCCAAGGGUUCGCCUAUGUUUUGAACUGUCGGUGCUCCAAGUGUGCUGCCAGUCCUGAAGGUGCCGCUCCCCAGAAGGAGACGCCCUCAGUGUAUCCCAGGAACCAGGGGCACCGCUGCAUGCCUGCUGAUGCUGUAACUGUGUCCAGCCACCCAGCCCAGUCCUAGUAGAGAGCAAAGCCUCUUGCUGUUUCUCUGGGCCCCAAACCGACUUGUUGCCUCCGGGCUGCCUGCAGGAGCUGAGCAACGUGUGAGGCUGGGAUGCCGCUUCCUCCCUCGAGCUGGACCCCAGGACCUUCAGCGGUGCCGCACAAGGACUGUCCCAGCAGGCUACAGACUCUUCCCCGAGCCCUGGGAUUUCACCCUUCGCCAGCCAACAUUCCUUUUGACGACGCGUUCGAGAUGGCAGGGCAUGAGCCAGAUGAGACUCGGUGCUCCAGCGGCUUGUUGCUUGGGGUCAAAACUGUUCUUUCCAGUACUGGGAAUGUAAGAUGUCUCCUCCCUCUGUUCCUGCUCUCUUCCCUUCCCCGGCCCUGCCCCCAGCUCACACGGUGUAUUUAUAACUGACAUGUAUUUCUGUCUAGCAAUCUUCUGCCACUUGGGAACGGUCCAGAAGGUUCACUAACCGCCUUAAGCACAGGGAAAGGGGUUUGUGCAAGGAGCCAGCCUGCUCUCUUUUCAGAGAGCUCUGCUGCUGAGAUAUUGUUACUGGUAACAGGCCCAAACUGUUGCUACACUCCCUUCUCCUGGGACUUCUGGUGCCCACUCCAUGGUUUACUUGGCAGAGUUGCGCUUCGUCCAGUCUGUUGCCAUUCACAAUAGGUAUCCCUCCAAUCCUGGUGGAAAAGCAGUAUUAAAUACCAGCCCACUGGCUGGUAGCGAAGUUUAGUGAUUUUUUUUUUUUUAAUUGGUCAAAAAUAGUGCCGAGGUACUAACAAGGGAGAUGCCUGCUCUAAUCCCUGCCAUCGGACCAAUUCCAAAGAAUGUUCCUCCAUCUGGCAAAAGGCGCUUUGAUAUAAUAUAUAAAUUAUACACCUUAGAUCCAUUGCCUCGUGCACAGCAGCCAUGACUGAAGACAGGAGCCAGCCUCUCGCAACGGCCACUGUCUCUUAGCCAUGGUUGGAAGACUUGGGCCCGGGGAGUUGUUGGUCUUUGGGAAGAUGUAUUGGGACAAGGGAGUUCUUACCCAAGCUCCUCGGCUUCAUGGCGUGUCCUUUUGGGGUCGCGCGGGCUCGGUUCCACCUCCUGGGUCCUCGUUCUGAGCUCCGCACCACCGCUGCACAGUCGGGAUCCUCCCCCAGUACUGUCACCAUGCGGUUGUUGCUCCCUUGCAGUCAAUUAAAUGGUUGGCUCUGGUUGGUAAGGUGACAAUCUGGUGGGUCUGUGUGUUUCUUUGGUGGGAGCAGAGGUGCCCCCGACUGAGCCUGUCCAGAUGGACUGGCUUCUCCCCACCCUCUGGCCUCCGGGAAGAUUAAGCCGCAUUGAAGAUUCUCUGUAAAAGAUGUAGAUGCACGUUUUGUCACAAGCCUACUUCAUACUA